CUUGGGCCUAGGGAGAGUUGAGAGUUUUUAGUGAUGAGGACCAAAACAUUAGAGGAUUCCCUAAAAAACCAAAACAUUAGAGGACGAAGCGAUAUGUCGGGAGUUUUUUUCUUUUUGCCAGCUAAACUAAACCCUUGGCCAGUAGUACGAAGAGGGAUCCGCUGAAGAGAGUCCCGUCUUGGUUCGUUCCCGUCAGAAUCGAAUCCUCCCUCGCUGGCCGCCGUCGCUGCCCUCAUCCAAAUCCAAGAUCCCUGCAUCAUAUGCUCUCCCGCUUCCGAUCCAUGGAGGGAGCGGGGACAGGGGACAACUUUGUGAGGAACAUCAAGUCUAGGCUGGAAACCCAUGUGAGGGCCACAACGGAGGCAGCCGGCCUCUUCACCGACGACCUCAUCCUGGAAAUUCUCUCCCGCCUCCCUGUCAAAUCUGUCCAUCGCUUUAAGUGCGUCUCGGUGGCCUGGCGCGACCUCAUUGCUGACCCUGCCAACCGCAAGAUGCUGCCCCAGACCCUCGCAGGCUUCCUCUACACGUCCUACAGCAGCGGGCACCGCCACUACUUCGCCAGCGUCUCGGGCAGCCUAGCCCCGUUCGACCCUUCCCUCCCUUACCUGCAGCCUACCAAGUACAAGGACAUGUCCCUGGUGGGCGCCUGCAAUGGCAUGCUCCUCUACCGCGGCAGCAACAAGAACAAGGUGGCCCCUUGGUCUUGGGCAGAGGAUGAUUGCCGUUUUUUGGUGUGCAAUCCCGCCACUGCAAGGUGGGUCGAGCUGCCCCCUAAGCCUCCUGCGCCAAAAAUCAGAUAUAGCCUUACUGCAGCUCUGGCUUUUGAUCCGGCAAUCUCGUCGCAUUUCCAUGUUCUUCAUUUUGAGGAGGACUAUCUGGCAAAUUAUAUGACAGGAGUGAGCAUCUACUCAUCGCGGAAAGGAGCCUGGAGUCGCGGGGAUAGUGGGAUGUUUGAGAAAGUGCCGCCGUUCUUCAUUAGUAAAUGUGUCUUUGUCGGCGGUAUCAUGUAUGUGAUUGGCGAGCUGCAACACAUCAACACCAGCAACGAGUAUGUGCUGGUGGGGGUGGACAUGGAGGGGAAAGAGUGGAAGACUAUCCAUGUGCCGUACUGUUCGAGAUUUUGUACGAUUGGAUUGUCCCAGGGAUGCUUACACUAUGCUGUAGCUAACAAUGAAAUCCUAGUUCCUGAGAUGACACUCUGCUGCCUCAAGGAUUGUGAUAGCAAAAAAUUCGUCCUGAAGCAUACCGCCAACAUGGAUAAGCUUCUGAGCAUGACUAGGAUGAAGUAUAAGGUGGUUGACAUUCAUCCAGAUUCCGACACCAUUUUCUUGGUUUCAUUUGGAGGUGCUACCUUGGCAGCGUAUGAUAUGCGACAUCAGAAAGUUGGUUGUAUCAUUAAUCUUGAGAACAGCACACAACGAUUUCUACCCUAUGUUCCUCUAUUCUCAGAGCCAUUAGCGGAUGCAGAUGGGCAGUAGUUUCUCGGCUAAAGUAGUUGUCCAUGUACUUUGGAAUCUGCUUGCCAAUAAUUUAGCUGGUGCUCACACUCCUGUUUGCUUGAUUUGCAUUUCACAGCAAAUGCCUGCU